GACAUUUUCUACAAAUGCAAGAACGGAUUCUCAUUUUUCGAUGCGAUCGAUGGCGAUAAGAUUUGGGCACGUGAUGAAAUUGGCAAGAAACUGUCCGCUUUACAAGUAAAAAAAUUUCGGCGAAGUAUGAGAAACAUUCAUAUCGGUCCUGAACUUGUUGCUCAACUCAAUAGCGCUGUGAUGAAUGUAACGCAUUUCCAGAAAGAACUUCCACACCUGCAUUCCGCACGUAAAAGUCUUUCAAACGUUGAUGUACAUGAAGCGAAGGUACUCAGCGGUGAAGUCGUCCCUCGCGUGAUUGGAAAUAACGAAGAGCUCAAAAAGUUUUUGACAACCCUCAGAAAUUUGCUAGCAGACCUGAGUUCAAGAAGUAACCGAGAUAAGCUUUCGAAAGACAUCCAAAACAGACUGAAUCAGGCGGAACUGGCGAUUAUCAACUCUGUGGCUAGACUUUUGAGUCUAAUCAGCGACCUUUCACCACAAUGUGAAGGUCUAAUGUCAAUUUGGAAUGAUCUUGGAUUCUACGUGUGCGAUAUUAUUGCAGCUCCCGCACAAGGAUUAUGGAUGGCUUGCCGUAGGUUUCAUCAAAAUGCGAAUUUUUCAUCAAACAAUGCUCGAAUUACUUAUCAUUUGUCAAUAUGA